CGCGCAGCAGUCUACCAUAUUAUGAUGCUGCGGUGAUGGCUCAACCAACUCCCUCAGGCUCUCGUUCUGCUACUCCUGGAAGAGGACGAGGACGUGGCAGGGGUCGGGGUGCUGCCAUUCCGUUAGACAGUGUUGAUAUGCAGCGAGUCCAGAUGUUGCGGGCUGAACGACUCACGUCAGAGCAAGACAGGAUCCAGAGUCUUAGUCUUCAGGAGUCACAUCAGCUCCUGCAGAGAUGCCUUACCAGGGACCCCAGUCUCUUAUUCGACAUCAUGGCCACACAGGACACCCCUGCAGCAGCCCCCACUCCUAUCCCGGGUCAUCCUACCUGGUGUGUGUGUCUGCAUUGCAGAGAAAUGCCAACAGACAUAGAAAGCAAGUGUUGUGGACAACGUUCGAACAGUUGCAUUUCCACCCUACCCCAUUUUGAUAUGUAUAUUUUGGAUGAAGGGGUCCUUAGAUUAUCAAGGAGGGUCUGGAAUGACAUAAGGGCUGUCCAGGAUGCCCCAGAACCUGGUGAAAGCAAUAAACAGUUCCGACAUGCUGCCUACCGGCAAUAUGUGGUUUGGCAAUAUGGGUUCCUUGGCCCAGGACACAGGGUUGUCAUACCAAGCUGCUGUGUGUGUAAGAUCAGAGAGCAUUACCCAGAUCCACAUGGUCAGUAUACCGGGUUUGUAUCUAGUAGAGUUUAG